AUGGUUCACUCGGCAAGCCUGCCGCCAUGGCUGGUAUUGGCCUGUGCUGUUUCCGGCGUGUGGGCAAAUAAACAGCCGUUCAACAUAAAUGAUGAUAUUCUGGCGUAUCCCCAGUAUCAAGUGAAGUUUCCCGAGGAGUAUGUGCUCGAAUCCCACGCCGAAGAAUUGCUACAGUCCCAGGCUAGCCCCCGCGCCAAUGACCAGAAGAAUCCCCAAGUCUACAUGGGCCAGGGUAGCACAGACUCCACCGACCAGCCCGAGGAUGUGAAUAGAUCUUCAUUCACCUACGAAGAAAUGAUACUUGAGGACCGACGACUCCUCUGCCAGAUCCCACGUGUCACGAACGACGACCAUAAUACGACAAAAGACAAGGAGGACAGCAAGGCUGAGGAGCAGAAGGAACUGGUUCGGGCAACAGAUCGUGGUCUGGAACUCCUACGUGAAAUGGAAGGGAGAUGCAUAUACUAUUUCUCUGGCUGGUGGUCCUAUUCCUUCUGUUAUCAGAAGCAGGUCAAGCAGUUCCAUGCGCUCCCCGCUGGCCGUGGUGUCCCCCACUACCCACCCAUUGAAGACACCCAGACGCAUUCCUUUGUCUUAGGAAAAUUUAUCGGCGAUAAGGGCGAGGAAGAGAGGCAAUCUGCCAAAACAGAUGUGGCAGAGCUUCACACAAAAGGUGGCUCGCGGUACUUGGUCCAGCACCUGCGUGGCGGCACCAAGUGUGAUCUGACGGGACGGGAGCGCCAGGUUGAAGUGCAGUUCCAUUGCCAUCCGCAAUCGACAGAUCACAUUGGCUGGAUCAAGGAACUCACCACGUGCUCUUACCUUAUGGUCAUUUAUACCCCUCGUCUAUGUGACGACGUUGCUUUCCUGCCACCACGACAGGAUGAGGUAAACACUAUCGAGUGCCGUGAAAUCUUGAUGCCUGACGAAGUCACCGAAUGGGAAGCUCUCAAAGAAUGGUACACGGCCAAUCAACUGGCCGAUGCUGCUACGGAUGCGGAUUCUGAUAUCGCCCAGUCCGAGCUCCCCAUUAUCGGAGGAAUCGAAGUUGGAGGCCGCAAGCUUGUUGGUAUGGAGGGCAAGGUAAUUGAAAAAGGACGGGUGGCAUCCGCAGGUGAGGAGCGAGUGGAGGUGGUUGCGAAACGCGAGAAUGGCGAGAUCCGGAAAAUGUCCAAGCAGGCUCUGAAAAAGUACGACAUCGAUCCGGAGAAACUGGAAGAGAUGAAGAAUUUGCUGGAAGAACAAGCAGACGGCAAAGACUGGACGCUGGAGGUUGUGGAAACCAACGGCGUGAUCAAAUUCCAAGGCGUUCUUGAAGAAGAUGAGGAGGACACUUGGAACGACAAGCCGUCGGAGAAGUCUGAAAAUUCCGCUGGGCAAAAGCCGAAGCAGGAAACAGAGCCAGUUGAAAAGAAAAAGUCCAACAAGCCCGAAAACAGCGAGGGAAGUGAGGAGACUUUCAAAGAUGAACUAUGA